AUGACAGUCAAAAAAAGAACUGGUAACACCUCCCGUGGUGGAUCUGCAACCUCAACACCUCAGAAACAACAUCGAGAAACAACAUCGAGAACACGGUUAGUUGAAGAUUACAAAAAACACUCCAAGGUUGAAGUCAAAAAAGAUUCAAAACUAUAUAAUUUUGCUGUUAGAACCAUUUGGACAUUUGUUAUGAUUGCAGGUUUUUUUAUCAUCUUGGCUUCUGGUCACUUUUGGUGUGUUGUCUUGAUUUUGGGUUGCCAAAUUGCCACUUUCAAAGAAUGCAUUGCAGUUACUGGACAAUCAGGACGUGAAAAAAACCUCCCUUUAACGAAAACUUUGAACUGGUACUUUUUGUUUACUACGAUAUACUAUUUGGACGGUAAAUCACUUUUCAAGUUCUUCAACGAUACCUUCGUGAAGUAUACCGUUUUGAAUUUCGUGGCAUCCAAUCACAAGUUCAUUAGUUAUUGUCUCUAUGUUUUGGGUUUUGUUAUAUUCGUUUGCAGUUUGAGAAAAGGUUACCUAAAAUUCCAAUUUGCUUCAUUGUGUGUGACACAUAUGGUUUUGCUGUUGGUGGUUUUUCAAGCACAUUUGAUCAUCAACAAUGUUUUGAACGGUUUGAUCUGGUUCCUUUUGCCAUGCGGCUUGGUCAUCGUGAACGAUAUAUUUGCUUACUUAUGUGGUAUAACUUUUGGUCGUACCAAACUAAUUGAAAUCUCUCCAAAGAAAACUUUAGAGGGUUUCCUCGGCGCAUGGUUUUUCACUGCAAUUGCCAGUGUUUUACUGACCAGACUUCUUGCACCAUAUUACUACAUGACAUGUCCAGUUACAGACUUGAAAACAAACUUUUUCACAGCGUUGAGUUGUGAGUUGAACCCUGUUUUCGUUCCACAGGAUUAUAGACUACCUCCGAUUAUUUUUGAAAAGAUUGGCGUUGACGUUAUUACUAUCAAACCGGUCUAUUUGCAUGCAUUGAACUUGGCCACUUUCGCAUCCUUAUUUGCACCAUUUGGGGGUUUCUUUGCGUCUGGAUUGAAGAGGACAUUCCAAGUGAAGGACUUUGGUGAUUCAAUUCCGGGUCACGGUGGUAUUACUGAUAGAGUCGAUUGCCAAUUUUUGAUGGGUUCUUUCAUGAACUUGUAUUACGAAACUUUCAUUAGCGAAAACAGAAUCACAGUUGGCACGGUUGUGUCUACUAUCCUAAUGAAUCUAGAUACUAAUCAAAUCAUUGAAUUGAUCCACACGCUAAACAAAGCUCUAUAUGACAACGGAGUAAUGAACAAAGAUGUUUACGAAAAGAUCACGGACUUGUACAAUAUCUAA